GGGUGGGUCCGCGGUGGCCGCCUGCGCACGUCACGAGCGAGCGAGCGCGCACGGAGACGGGGGCGCCCGGAGCGGGGUUGCGGCUGGUCUCCCGGGGUCGAGACCCUGCCGCAUCCGGGGUCCCGAGCGCGCCCUGCCGCCCGCCCGUCGUCGGGACACCCGCUCCUGCCUCCUUCCCUUCCCGGCCCGGCCCCGACGGGCGGGCUGCGGAGGCCCCGACGGGCCGCGUGCGUGCGGGCACGCCCAGCGGGAGGCGCCGCUCGGGGGGCGGACGAAGCCGCGGCUCGGGCGUCUCGGUGCAUCCGGGCCGGCGCGGCGCUGUUGCUCGGGGACGCGGCGCUAAGAGGGGGCCCCGGCGCCCCCGGGACCCGGAGCCGCAGCCCCCGGCGAGGCGCGCAAGCGGGGGAGGCGCUGUCCGCGGUGCUGAAGCGCCCGGGCUGGGGGCGGCGCGCGCGCCGAGCUUGGCACGGAGCCCCCGCCCGGCUGCAAAACCAGCCGAGCCUCCCCGCCUGCAACCCCCGGCCCCCACCCAGGUCGCCCCCCGCGGGGCACCUCGUCUCCAAGGCUUUCCUCGAAAGCGUCCGAGAGGGCGCAGCUCUCGACCCAGAGAUAUUGCUGCCGCGCCCCGGAAACCGGCCGCCUGAGCGAAGAUGCCCGCCUUCAACAGAUGGCUCCCCCCGGCAUCCCUCGUGCUCCUCUGCUGGGCGAGCGUCUGUGUGCCCGUGUGUGUGGAGGUGCCGUCGGAGACCGAGGCCGUGCAGGGCGCCCCCAUGAAGCUGCGCUGCAUCUCAUGCAUGAAGAGGGAGGAGGUGGAGGCCACCACGGUGGUGGAAUGGUUCUACCGGCCGGAGGGUGGCAAGGACUUCCUCAUCUAUGAGUACCGGAAUGGCCACCAGGAGGUGGAGAGCCCCUUCCAGGGCCGCCUGCAGUGGAACGGGAGCAAGGACCUGCAGGAUGUGUCCAUCACAGUGCUCAACGUCAGCCUCAACGACUCGGGCCUCUACACCUGCAAUGUGUCCCGCGAGUUCGAGUUUGAGGCCCACCGGCCCUUCGUGAAGACCACGCGGCUGAUCCCCCUCCGGGUCACCGAGGAGGCGGGCGAGGACUUCACCUCGGUGGUCUCCGAGAUCAUGAUGUACAUCCUCCUGGUCUUCCUCACGCUCUGGCUGCUCAUUGAGAUGGUUUAUUGCUACAGGAAGGUCUCCAAGGCUGAGGAAGCAGCUCAAGAAAACGCGUCUGACUACCUUGCCAUCCCGUCGGAGAACAAAGAGAACUCGGUGGUGCCCGUGGAGGAAUAGAAAAGGGUGUGGCUUGCAGGUGACGUCCAGGGAAGGGGGCAGAGGAAGCGGCAGUUGGGACAGGCAACUUUGAAUUUGGGUCCCCUUUCGUCCUACCCGGAGUCCCCACCCCCCUCAAGAGCGCGGAUGCCGGCCGCCUCCCCAGGCUCGCGUGUGAUGUCAGGCCCACUGGACGAUGAAUCGCUCCAGCCUUCAUUUACCUGUGGACCCCGAGAUGCAGCUGCCAGCGUCCUGCACUGGACUGGGCUGGGUGGCGGGGCUGGAUGCUGAGCAAGCUGUCUUCUCGUUGUUAGGUGUCCUGAGCACCGAGCGGUUCCAUAUCCCGGGGUCAGUGAAUGAAGUCAGUAGCUCGGGAGGGUGCCCGGGCUCACCGGUUUCCCUUCGUGGACUCUCCCUAGUCUCUCCUUAUACCUCCAUGCCCCUCUGAACUUUCCCCUCCGACUGCCCCCUGAUGCCAUCAGCCCACCAUGCUCUGCCCACCUGAGGAGCCUCCACCGCCACAUGGACUCGGCCCUGCCCACAGCAGCUGGACAUCUCCCCUGUACUCCCAGUGACUGGCCCACCCCCUCUGGGCCGGUCCCCUGGCCAUUGCUGUGCGCCCAAGGACGUCUUUGUGAAGGCCGCAGGCAAAGACUGGUUCGAGAGGGAGUGGAGGAACCUCACGGCAUGGGAUUCUGCAGAGUGGGUUUCUUACAAGUUCCUCACCCACGUGAUGUGGGCGUCAGAGCCACGCUGGCCUCUCGGGGUCCCCAGGGAUGGAAGGGUCAUUCAACAGACUGACUUGAGAGUAGGGGACGCCCUUGGGAGAUCCCCAGCGGUGUCUGAGAAGACCUGGCUUGGCCCUGGUCAUGAACUCAAGGAGAGACAUCUGUCGGUUCCCCGGCCCUCUGAGGGCAAAAGGGCCGUGCCCUGGCAGGGGGGAAACCACCCUGGGUAGCUGGGAGGCAUUUUCUUCCUCUGGGAAUUGGGACAAAGAAGUCUUGAGUUCUUCCCCUCAGCAUUUCUGUGGAUCAGUGUUAUUCCUCAAGUUCCAGGAGACGAGACUGAGACAGAGGCAACCCGUGGGUUGCUCUGAGGCAGGCAGUGGCACUGAGGGCCGCUAGUGUUGUCUCCUGAGCUGGGGGAACUGGGUCUCGCCCCGAGACGUGGGCACAGAACUAGCAGCAACCCGGGCCUCGGUCCCAAGCAUGGACAGGGCCUGACUAAGGUUAGUAACUGAUUCGGGAGAUGAGGGGCUGCCAGACGGGAAAGGAAGGAGCAAGACGGGCUCACACACGAUCCUUUGCUGGGAGGGCAGGUGGGCCUGAAGCCCCCCUAAAGCUGCGAGUUUGGGAGGAGGCAGAGCCAACCUCCCCCCUGCACAUCCUUCGUGCCUGGGGGUUUCCUUCCCGAGCUGUAAACGCUCACUCUCCUGAUCCCUAUUGGGUCUCGAGGGUGGGGCAGGGGUAGGGCGAGGGGUGGUGGGAUUUAAGGAGCAAGACCACCCUCUACCCAGCCCCGGCUCUGGGCCUCACCCAACACUCUUCUGACCUCUGGGGGGCAGCUCAGUGGGCAGUGCAUGCCUGGCAUCCAUGAGGCCUUCAGGUCAGGUCCCUGCACACACACACACAUACAUACACACACACACACACACACACACACACAGAGUCAAUCCAAGAAAGAGUCCACAUUCGAGUUCUUACUCAGUUGAAAAUGCUCUCCUGUCCUGUCACUGGCCACUCCGACCCUCUGCCAGAGACGCCAGGACCACGGUACAGCUUGUAAAACUGCCACUCAACGCCCCCACCCCCACCCCGGCCCCUUCUGUCUUCCUCUUCCUCCCUAUGGCCAUGUGUCGAAUGUGUCGUCCAGGGACAUGCCUGCCCCCUUUUAAAAAAGCCGACCCAGAUGCUUCCUUUAAAGUGAUAAUGGUACCAAUCACUUUUUUUGGGGGGUGGAGGGGCACACCUGGCGAAGCUCAGGGGUUACUCCUGGCUCUGUGCUCAGGAAUCACUCCUGUGGUACUGGGAGGGCCGGAGUGGGUGCUGGGGAUUAAUCCCAGGUCAGCAGUGUGUGAGAGAAAUGCCCUACUCUCUGUACCAUCUCUGCAACCCCCAUCACUACUUUUUUUUUCUUACUCUUUCCAAGUGAGAUUUGCCAUUUCCCACCCCCCCUACCCAACACCCCAACACCUUUUUUAAUUUUCUAAACUUUGCAACUCUGCCAUCCUUCCCACUCAGAGCAGAGUGGUGGAUCUUGUGGUGAGCAGAGGCUCCUCGGGGCGGGCGAUACACCUAAUCCUGUGCUCACACAGCUGCACACAGGAGAAGGGCAAGAGCCCAGCCCUCCUGGCUCCCAGACCUCUGUCCACUCAACACAGCAGCGCCCUCUCCUGGUCCUUGGCGUCCAUCUGGUCUUUGCCUCUUGCUGGUCCCGACUCGGCCAGCCUCUCCUCUCCUCCUCAGCCCCCCUGGCUAAUCCUCCACUAGGCAGCUUCUUGGCAGAACCCGUGCCAUAGCAGUUUCCCCUUUCUGCUUGACCUGUCCGUGGUUCUCUCUCAACUAUAAUGGAAUUCCUUCCUGGGAGACUUGAUUGUGAAUCUACAAGGUACUGUGACCACCAGCUGAUGUCCAUGCCUCCCUUCCCACUUCCUCCCAUCUCUCCGACCCACCCCCCUCCCGCCCCCCUGGGCACCGCUCUGGAAACUUUGAUCUGGCACCUGGUCCUCCUGAAAGGGCUUUGACACGUUCUCAAGGGCUAUUCACUUAGGGGACCCUUCUGUUGUCUCGGUGCUGGCGAGUCCCUACGACUGGUCCUCAGCAACACAGUUCACUAGUGGGCCCGCUGGGCUGUCCGUCCCCUGGUCUACACCGCGGCAGCCCCGCAGGGCACAACCCACCCACCCCCAGUCUUCUAUCAGAGAAUGCCCCCACCUCCAGUGGACACCCUCUCCUCUGCACCCCUUCUUAUCCCAGGUUUUAGUUUUAUCCCAGCCUUUAUCCUUUUGUUCCCCCCAACCCCGAACAUCCAUGUGCUCAAGAUUUCCUGCUUCUUGGAGAUGAACAAACUGGAAAUGACAGCAGGAAUAUUUUUAGAGCACGAAUAUGCUGGAAAUAGGUGUGCAGUGGGUCAUGGUUAAAGAUGGGGGCUCUUCCCCCCUACCCGAGUCAUCAGAUCACAAAGGCCGACACCCCAUCGCAGAGCUGUGGGCCCGGGGGUGGGGGGGUAGGUGGGAGGGCCAUGAGCUGUAUGUGGCAGGCAGGAAGAGCUGGACCCCGGCUCCACAGAGCACGGACAGACCCAAGAGGAAAAUCCAAAAUCCACCCUCUCUCCUUCCCACAAUGGCGCCCCCGUCACAGUCCUGGGGUGUCCACGGGUCCCACCGUCUAGCCUACAUCUCACGGGCCCCAUUGGGCACCAAUCCACCUGUCACACUGCCCUUCACAGGUCUGAAAACUAGCAGACAAGCUUCCCCCCGCUCCUGAGCCUCCGGCCCUGGGGCUCCCCGCUCAACCCCCAGUGGGGCUUUGUAGGACAUAAAGCAAGUCUGAGUCGUAGCUCAGACCCCACCAGGCUCAUGGGGUCUGUAAGCCUCAGAGCUGCAGCCCUGCGCCGUGGCCUGGGCUGGGGAGGGCUGAGCCACACUCACCGCCUGCUGCGGCCGGGCGCCUGCCACCACAGGCCCUACGUGCAGCCCUUCCUCCAUUCCCCGUCUCUCUCCGAACUCUAGGGAAGUGGUUCCUGCACCCCCCCAAUGCCUGUCUGGACUGUGUUCUCCAGCAGACGCCUGUGAUGUCAAUAAAGUGUCUCCAACCCGUG